AUGGCGACCCGAGGACCGAAUGGAGAUUUUCCUUAUUUACCUUCGGGGGCAGCGGAGGUGAACCGACUGAUCCAGGAAAAUGGCGACCUGUUUUCCGAGUCGCAGUGUAAAGUGUGCAACGCUGUCCUCAUUUCAGAGUCACAAAAACUCGCACAUUACCAGAGCAAGAAGCAUGCAAGCAAAGUCCGACGCUACAUGGCCACCCAUGAAGACGAACCCUUUGCCAAGAGAUUCAAACCCUCAUCACAUGAUGCUGAAAGUGGCGAAGUGUUGCAGAAUGAAGGGGACAAAUACAAAUCCUGCGAAGUGUGCAACAUGAGCUUUUCCUCUCCAGUGGUGGCUCAAUCUCAUUACCAAGGCAAAGUUCACGCCAAGAAUAUUAGAUUCGGAAAAGGCCUCGGAGUACAGACACCUGCCACACCUCAACCCGUUGCUCAAGUGAAGAAGUUGGAUGGACAGACCGGCGAAGGACGAGGCUCCGAUGAUCACGACCCCAACCGCUUCUGCACCAUCUGUCAGGCUUCCUUCAACAACCCAGUGAUGGCGCAACAACACUACAGCGGCAAGAAGCACAAAAAACACCUGACCAAGCAGAAACUGAUUGAGACCUUCGGGCCUUCCACCGCUCCAGCCUCUACAGUAAAGGGCUACCCGUGUACCAUGUGUAAUAUCGAGCUCAAUUCGGUGGAACAGUACCAGGCUCAUAUCAGCGGCGCCAAACACAAGAACCACGUUCGACUCAAGGAAGGUGGGAACUCAACGGUGAGCCCCCUGGGGAAAAAACCGCCGGUCUAUCUGUAUGGCUAUAACCAGGAGCAGGAAGCCGAGGAGGACUGGGGCAGUUUAAAGCAGGACUAUGAGUCAGGAGGAAUGUAAGGCUUCGGCGCCCUUCGACACGUUCACGACGAGCUGCUCCUGUUCAAGCGAAGGCAACGUCUCCCUUCACGACGCCACCAGAUUCCGCUCUAACAUCGCUCGUUAUUCUGUAUGGUGUAUCGUUCUCACUCAGAGGUAGAUGAGUGAACACCGCUAACCUCCAUACUGUUAUUAUUAUUAUUAUUUUUUUUACAAGUAUUUAAAUGAGUGUAAUCUUAUAGUAAUGCGUUAGAUAAAUAGUCAUUACACAACAUUGUGUAACGACUGAAAUUAUUCCUGGAGGGAACAACAACAGCAACAGUUUGUUUUUGUUUUUCUCCCCCCCCCCACCCUCCCUGCUUUGCUUUGGUCUUCUAAGACUGGAGAUGUGUAAGACCUAAACUAUUUAAUAAUAAUAAUAAUAAAAAACCCUGUAUCCUUUCCGGUUACUCCUGAGCUUUGUAGUAAUCUAAUCUCUGUAUUUUUUUUUUGUUUGUUUGUUUUUUUUAAAAGAGUGAAGAUUAGUUUCCUGAUCUUUCUAUGUUUCCAUAUUCAAUGUGAAGUCAUUACCUUAUUUGCCCAGUAGAGGGAAGUAGAUAGCUUUUUGUUUGUUUGAUUUUAAGUAUAAUUUUUGGUGUUUUAGUUAUGUGUUUCGUUAUCGUACGUGCUUGGCGCAUACUCCUGGAUGUCGCGGCGCACAGUGUUGGACCCGCAGGUCAAAACCGAGCUACAGUUUGUGUUGCUCAACUGCAUAACUUUUUAAAUACGUUUCUAUCCUAUUUUGUACAGGACUCCGCUGAUGACGUCCGUGCUUAAAGAGAAAAAAAUAAUUGCAUGACCACGACGAGGGAAGAAGAAACUUAAGUGCGGCUACGUAUUGUAUAUACGUUGUUUUUUUGUUUGUUUGUUUUUUAAGGAAACUACAACAUGCUUGGAUGGAAAAGCUGCCGUUCGUCCGUAUCAGUUACGAUUAAUAAAUAAAUAAAUACAAAAGAAUUUCACGCGCGCAACUUAUCGUUAAGCACUGCACCAUUUUCCUAGAAGAGAACGGACGUUAUGCACAAGUCGUUUGUUUAGAGGUGUAACAGUCGAUUUUUUAAAAUUUAUUUUCCUUCUUCUUCCCUUCUUACUUUUACAGAUAACCUGGAAUGUAUGUAAGACUCGAUUUAAAAAAAAAAAGUCCUUAAUCAUUUUAUAGAUACGUUAAUUAAUUACUGAGUCACUGUAAAUCCUGUGGGCGGGGCUUUACGGACAUUAGGCUUGCUGCCGUAGUCGUCUUUACCGGUGUUACAUGGUGUUCACACACCGAUUACAUCACUUGCCCACCGCGGCACCGCCCCCACUGUCGUUUUGCCUUUUUAUAGUAAUAAAAAUCAUUCCGUUGGGUUAGUGAACGGACGCUACGAUUAAAAACCGAACACGUCUGCUCAAUUCAGCACGAGCCGAAUGAGUCGGAGUCGCAGCACCGAUCAGCAGGAGUCCGAUUUCACUUAUCACCAUCGUUAAGAAUAAUAAUGACCCCCCCCCACCACCACCACCAUUCACGCAAUUACGAACACGGGCGGGAACUUGAUGACGCAAAUUGUAAAUUACGGAGCCGAGACGGUCAUCGUUUAUGUUUCCCGUCCGAGAUUAUUGCUAGAUUCGCACCGUACCUCCAGACCCGAGUGUUCGGAUGUUUGUAGGAUGUAUAUUUAUAUGGAAUGAUCACUGUAACCACCUCAUGAACUGAUUUAGAUUUUUCCACUUAGGGUCAAGGUCACAGCAAGGUCAAAGGUCUGAAAUAGUUUUUUUUUAUUGAAUCGCUUCCUUCCUGUUUUGAAGUAUAUUUUAAAGGAUCGAACAUGUGCGCAGCAGAGGCAUCCCUGUCGAGUUCUCCUUGUUUAUUUUAGAUGUUGUGUAUAUAGUAAUAAUAAUUGCUAAUAAAUUGUCCAUGUGAACA